CUGUUGCUGAGGUCGGCGACCGUAGGUGCCCGUCGCCUUUCCUCGUGUCGUUGGUCGCCGUGGCGGACCGCGCGUCACCAAUGCCGGCACUCUUGCUCGACCUUAUGGACUUCGGGAAUCUUCGAAGCUACUUGGACGAAAAGCACCGACGACAAGAGACCUUUCUGCACGUGACCAGCCUCGAGGUGGCGUGGGUCGUGGCCAACGCGAUGAAGGCAUUGCAUGCCCUCGGUAUUGUGCACCGGGACAUCAAGAGCGAGAACGUGCUCCUGAGCUCGACGCACUACAUCAAGCUCGGGGAUCUCGGCAUCGCCAAGGUGGCCGCCACGUACAUGACGGACGGUCGCGGCACGAUACGGUGGACGGCGCCCGAAGUGCUGCGCGUUGAUGGCCAGCGCUACGGUACCGAGGCCGAUGUUUACUCGUUUGGUGUGCUCCUCUCGGAGCUUGACACACUCCAGUUGCCGUUCGACGACGCCACGGACUUGAAGACGGACUAUCUACUCAAGCAGGCAGUCCUUGCGGGUCGCCGGCCGACGUUGACCAAGUCGUGCAAGCCCUGGCUGCGCGACCUUGCGACGCAGUGUCUCAACGCAGAGCCGUCCAAGCGUCCAACAGCGAGCAAGAUCGUCGAGAUGCUUGGCAAGCAGGUGGCUGAAGGCUCGGCAGCCGACGCGUUGGAGGCGUUCAGGCGCGCGGUUGCCGUGGACGCCAUUGCCUUGGUGCAAGCCCAGCUUGAGGAUGGCUUCAACCCCAACUAUUCCGUGAAGGGUGACGUGUUGCCUCUGUCGAUGGCAGUGGGACUUCGUAAAUACGACAUUACGCAGCUCCUUCUCGAUCACGGUGCCUUGCCUGACAGCUACUGCUAUGGUGGCACCCCUCUCCACGAAGCCGCCGGCGAAUGCUAUACCAGCGUUGAGAUGCUGAUCAAUGCGGGUGCCAACGUCGACGCACUCGACAAGAAGCAUCGCACGGCGCUCUAUUGGGCGGUCAAGCGCAACCACGAGCUGAAUAUGCGCAUUCUCUUGGACGCAGGCGCCAAUGCAGCGAUCGCCAACAAGGGCGGCAAAACACCCUUGGCACUGGCCAUGUCAAAGGAGCACUUAGUGCGUCUUGCGCCUGUCCUGGAAGGCGCGGUGGCAGCGCAAGCCACGUCGGACAGCAUGCGCCUUUGCCCAGACUGCAAAUUGGUCUGGCAUCCCAUCGACGCGGCCUGCUCAUGUGGGCACGACGCCCCCAUGGACGAGAAGAUCCAGUGCGCGGUGCAUCGGCUCAUUACAUCGCACCACCGAGGCGUCCUAGUUGACUGGACGCGCAAGUGCGUCCCGUGUGGCCACAGCUUUUUCGUGCUCAAGACAGCGUGCCCGAUGUGCAACCACAAGCCAUCCGCGCUCGCAAACCCGCUCGGGGUGCUUUUAAAGCGUCUCAAACUGGCGCCGACCACGCCCCCCAAGCAGUCGCCAAAGCUGGGUCAUGUUGUUGCUUGGCUGCGGCGCGUUGAAGCCGAGAAGAAGCGCGCCGCCAAGGCCAAGCUCGACAAAAGCAACGCUGCGUACAACCACUUCAAGGCGCUUGUGGGCGCGAUCCAGGAAGGCAACCUGGAGAAGCUCAAGGCAUUGCUUGGCAAGUCCGUUCCGCAGCAGCAGAGCGAUGUCGACGGCAACUCGCUGGUGCACCACGCCGUCAAGCAAAACAACCUUGCGAUGCUCAAAGUGCUGCUGGCGACACCAGGCGUCCCGAUCGACCACACCAAUACCUUGUACGAAACACCACUGGCCGUGGCCACCUUCUCUGGCGCUUGCGAUCUGGUUCGCGCACUCUACGCAGCGCUACACCCGUCCAGCGCGCCAACAAGCGAUGCAGCAACGUUCACCUCGCCGUAUGUGUUGCCCAUGCGCCCUGACGCGAUGCUAAUGACCAACAUCCUCCGCUACAAGCUCGAGAUGCAAGUCCCGGGGUCGCGACUCGAAGUGUGGCCAACCAAGUUACAGCUCGCGAUUGUCGCUGCGAAUGCCCUCGCGGACCUCCACGCGGCUGGCCUUGUCCACGGAUCGUUCUCGAGCUUCAGCAUCUACAUCAAUCCGCCUGCGACCUCGGUUCACGUCAUGUACCCCGGUUUUGAGCCAGCCAAUGUAUCGUUGGCGCUGUGGACGGCACCUGAGGUUCGCGUCGCGCAGCAGCCACCGUCUUCGGCGUCCGACAUGUACGCCCUUGGUGUCUUACUCACGGAGCUCGAUACGCUUGCCAUACCGUCGGCGCACGUCGGGCGCCUUCGUGACGACUGCGAACGCUGGUACGCCGACAUGGUCGCCUCAUGCGUCGCCGAAGAUCCAGCGACGCGAAUGUCGGCUGCUGACGUGGUUGCGCAACUGCAGCCCCAUGUCGAUGCAGCGACACAGGAAGCCAAGAUGUUUGAAGCCUUUCAAGCGGUGGCGCUUCCAUUGCAGAUCGACGCCGCGACAAAGCUUCUGGACGAUGGCCUGCGCCCCGACGCAGUGUGUCCCUGGAGCACGCAGAGCCUGCUAUGCGCGGCCAUCAAGUCUAUGUCGUUGGAGCUCGUGCACUUGGUGCUGAAGCGUGGUGCUGACGUCAACAAGCCACUGGACUUCUUUGGCUCGGCGUUGCUCUUUGCAACCAGCAGUGUGUGCAGCCACGACAUUGUCGCCGCCUUGAUCGCAGCCGGCGCCGACGUGCACGUCACCCAACCGGUGCAUGCGUACAUGACUCCGAGCCAUGCUGGCAACACGCCGCUCAUCAACGCGGUGUAUUUUGGGUUUCCUCAAGUCGUUGCCGCGGUUGCCUACGCCGACCUUACGACAUUGCUGGCGCGCAACAAGGAUGGAGAGACGGCGCUCGAGGUCGCUCUUCGAUUGCGCGAAGCUAGCCUUUAUCUGGAUGCGCGCUACAUGCUCAAACAGCCUGUCGAGGUGACUGCGGUGCUUGAAGACGCCGAGUGCUGGCGAUCGAUGCUUGUCGCUCGCGGCUUGCCCAUGACCACGGCACGCGGCUGUGCCGACUGUGGCACGCCCUUGUCGAUCGAGGACAUGCAGUGCCGCAAGAUGACGUGCGGCGUCAGCAAGGCUGCCCAGUCGAUCGUCUCGAGCACCAAAAAGUUUUUCUCCGCUGCGCUCAAGUAGGCAACACGCAACACAAGCAGACAGUCGAAAUACGCGAGCAUCCAGCAAAAUCAAGUUGGAAUCAAUAUAUCAAGUGUAUGCUAUCUCGAG